CCCCUUCGGAAGCACCACCCCGUGUGGCUGCAGGUGCCCGGGGCAGCGCCGCCGCCUCCCGCCGGGAAGGGCAGUUCCUCAGGGAAGAAGGGACGGGAGCACCGCUAAUCCCCGCCUCUCUCUCUGUGUGUGUGUCGGUGUCCCCCGUUCUCCCCCGUUCCCGCCGCGCUGGCUCAAGGCUGUCCCCCGCCGCGAGCUGGGCGGCCAUGGAGCGCGCGGUGGCGCCGCUGGAGUGCCUCCUGCCCGCCGGAAACCUGAAGUUUUGCCUUCUGAUUCUGAACCAGCCUUUCAACAAAGGUCAUUUUCAUUGUCUGUGGAGCAAAGCUGCACUGAGAGCUUGUGCCGAUGGAGGUGCCAAUCGUCUCUAUCACAUCACGGAAGGAAGCCAGGACAGCUUCUUGCCUGACUACAUCAGUGGUGAUUUUGAUUCCAUUCAGCCUGAAGUCAAGGAGUACUACAAGGUCAAGGGAUGUGAACUAAUUGAGACGAUGGAUCAGGACCUCACAGAUUUCACCAAGUGCCUUCAGAUACUCCAGAAGAAGAUAGAGAAGAAGGGCCUCCAGAUCGAUGUGAUUGUGACUUUGGGCGGACUUGGAGGACGCUUUGACCAAAUAAUGGCAUCAGUGGAAACGCUUUUUCAUGCAACAAAAAUCACGCCUUUUCCAGUGAUAGUUAUCCAGGAGUGCUCACUGAUUUACCUGCUUCAACCUGGCAAGCACAAGCUGCAUGUGGACACUGGACUGGAAGGCGACUGGUGUGGCCUCAUCCCCAUCGGGAACCCCUGUGAGAGCGUGACCACGACAGGCCUCAAGUGGAACCUCACUAACCAGAUGCUGAAGUUUGGAACGCUCGUCAGUACUUCCAACACCUAUGACAAUUCCGGGAUUGUGACCGUUGAGACGGACAAGCCCUUGCUGUGGACAAUGUCUAUCAAAAUAUAAAAUCAGCUACAGUUGCCUUUUCUGAUCUGAUUCAACUCAAAUUACUGCAAAAUUUCAUUGAAUUAAGACAGUAAAGUUGUGCCAAAAGAUAUAAGCAAGCACUGAUUUUAUGUACUGAGUGGAAAAGAGAUCUGAAAUAAAAGUCAUUUGAGAUCAAAUCAA